AUGUCGUUUAACAAUGGAAUGGACAUGUCCUCCGGGACCUCUGUCCACCCCUCGGACGAGGGGAACGCCGAGCUUCGGCUCAGGCAGUUCGAGAGGACUGCCUCUCGGACCCAACAUGAGCUUAAAACGCUCAUAUCCGUGCGCUCGCAGACGCCAAUGUCCCAGGUGGAGAGCGUGACAAAAGAGAGAGAAAUCAGGGAGCUGCAGGCUCGCCUGCAGGAGCAGGAGCAGGAGGUGCAGAGGAUGCGGGCGGAGCUUGAGAGACAGCGAGUCACCAUCGCAACUCAGAGCAAGGCCAUCCAACAGCCAUAUGGCACCCCGGGCCAUGGGCAAGGGCAUCACCAAGCUGCAAGUUUUUAUGGGCAAGGUGGCAGGCCACCCUACCCACCACCACCAGCACCACUCCUGGGACCCCACUCAGGGCCAGGCCAGCAGCAGCCAAAGCCAACACCGCCAUCAGGGCUUGCAUAUCAACCACCAACUGGUCCGCGAGGUGCAUCACAGUUUGGUUAUGGACAACAACAAUGGAACAAUCCAGGAUACCAGACAAAUCAAACGUUGCCACCUCCACCACAGCCACAAUUUGGACAGCACACAACGGUCAAUCCUUUUGGAUCUCCAGAACCAAGACCUCAGAGCAACAGAUCUGGCUUCCAACCCAACAGCAAACAUUCCAGCCACAGCAGCAGGUCCAACCCGCCAUCUGAUCCAAGAAGAUCCAAGGUCAUGCAAGGCAAUCAAUUUACACCGUCACCACAGCAUGCCCGACAACCACAUCAGACACCACAGAUCCAGGGCCAUCAACCACCUUCACAUCCUUCAUAUCCACAAAAUCAACCACUGUCAUUACCUGCUCCUCUUGUUGACACUGGCAGUGUCGGUGGUGGUAACGUUGGACAAUUCAAAUCGACUUUCGAAAAUGUGGUCAACAUGACCCAAAAGUACGCCUUCGCACAUGUCAACACUCCAAGCACCAUCAAAGAUAAAGAGAUGCCACAGGCAAUCAAGGACAGAUUGAUGAAUGCCUCAACUAUGACAACUGCUUUCCAGUACAUGUCGUCCCCAUACACUCGCUUCUUCCUUGUCACCAAAGUCAUGAUUCAAUGGAUUCUCAGGAACAUCCUUGUACAUGAUUGCUUCCGUGGCUUGGAUGCUAUAGUUGACAAGGCAAUUGAUGACAUGAAGAACCAAAUCUACCAGACCACACCAGCUCAGGUCAAAUUCCAACUCUUGAAUAGCAUUGCUAUGGAAAUCUUCAAGCUCAAACAGCGUCCUGACUUUGAAAACUUUCUUCAAACCCGUGCUCGUCAACGUGGAAACGAGCUCUGGGCCAUCCUCAAACCCAUGAUGCAUCAGAAAACUUCAAGAGAUUGGGAUGACUUGCUGGUGUUGAUGAUCGAGGCACACCGAGCUGCAGCUUACAUGUUCACUGGUGCAGAAGAAUAUCGAUUUGACCUUCCUAACUGUGGAGCACUAUACGUCCCAGAGACCAUGCUGACCAGAGAUAUCUUCCCAAAUGUCAAGAGCGAGCAACAACUUGUGGCAGAGAGAGCACAAGUCCGUCUUGCUAUCACUCCCCACCUGACUGUGAGGAGCAGUGACUCUGAAGGACAUGUCAUCUCGUCCACUGUGGUUCCAGCAUCAGUCUUAUUGAAGGUUGGGCAUUGA